GCUUCUGAGCACCUGAGGUAAAGGACGCUUAGAGCCCUCCGGCACUGGUGCUCGCGCUUGGCGUGCGGGGCUCCGUUCGGCCAAGCCCGCCUCGGUGGCUCUCUCCGGGCGCGUCGAGGAGGCCCGGCGAGCUGUCCGUAAACAAGGGGCCUUUAGUUUUAAGGUGGCGAGUCUAGCUGGGCUGCUUGGAGCGCGUGCAAGCCAAGCCGCAGUGCUGUUUGGACAUUUAGAUUUCUCAGUAGCAAUGGAGGUGGAGUAUACCGACCAACAGGCCCAGCUGGCGGCAUCAACUGCCACCGAUUUAUCGGACUGCUGCCCAGGCUCUGAAAUGCCAACUAUGUCGAGGCCUGCACUUGAUGUCAAGGGUGGUACCACCUCUGGGAAAGAGGAUGCCAACCAGGAGAUGAACUCUCUGGCCUACUCCAACCUUGGAGUGAAGGAUCGCAAGGCAGUGACCGUCCUGCACUACCCCGGGGUCACCGCAAAUGGAGCCAAAGCCAACGGAGUUCCCACUAGCUCCUCUGGAUCGACAUCUCCAAUAGGCUCUCCUACUGCCACCCCUUCUACCAAACCCCCAUCCUUCAACCUGCAUUCUACCCCUCACCUGAUGGCCAGCAUGCAGCUUCAGAAGCUUAAUAGCCAGUACCAAGGGGCUGCGGCUACUGCUGCUGCUGCCCUCACUGGUGCAGGCCUACCAGGGGAGGAAGAGCCCAUGCAAAACUGGGUCACUGCCCCGCUGGUAGUGGGAGGUUCACCGGGAUCGGUCACUCCUCCUGCUGGUGCCCAGAGCCCUGCUAUCAUUGAUUCUGACCCGGUGGAUGAGGAGGUGCUGAUGUCUCUGGUGGUUGAGUUGGGGCUAGAUCGAGCCAAUGAGCUUCCCGAGCUGUGGCUAGGGCAGAAUGAGUUUGAUUUCACUGCAGAUUUUCCCUCUGGCUGCUGAUGGCAAGUGCCCCUAAAAAAAUGAGGAAAAAAAAGCCACCGAUUCUGUUGUAAAUAAAAGUUAACUUGCAAAGAGAUAAC